AUGCAACUGAAAACUGACCUAGAUAAAUGGCAUACCACCAUGUUCCAACGCAUUCAAGACAUGUAUUUGAAUACUUUAAUUGAACUGGACACCUCCUACGAGCGAUUGGAUACAUUUCGUCAGACACUUUACGUUCUCCUCGAUGAUGAACGCUUGACAGUUCCAAUGACUUCGACAGAUAUAGAUAACUAUUCCAGUCGAUUAACAUGGCUGGAAAAUGAAAUUGAUUCGAUAUUAAACCUUUUUUUUCAUAUUAAUUGCACGGCGGUCAAACUAAAUCAUCGGCCAUAUCUGAUUCAUUCGAAUACAUCGUCAGCGACUCCAUGUCGAGUGUUAAUCAAACGUGAACAUACGAAUCUCCUCCCAGAUUCAAUGAAUAAUACACUUUAUACGCUAUUGACUCAUGUGUUAUCUCCGGAAGCGAUCUUGAUAACAAAUAAUGUGCAACAAUUAACGUCUAUCAUUGAAGAAAUUCUUUGUCAAACGAAUGAAUUACGUGUUUUAAUUCACGAAUGUUAUGCACCGUUUAUCAUUGGACAGUUAGGUAGUCGCGCGAAGAUGUUAAAAGAGAAAUACGGUUUGACAAAUGUGAAAGUUUAUCCGGCCUGCGCCCCAUUGUCAACCGAACGGAUACUUCUCUUAAGUGGAUCAAAAUGCGAACACAUUAUCGAGUGUUUAACAGAAAUCUAUUUGAACAUAUGUCAAAGCUCAUCAGCGGAUCAAAAUCAGCAAACGACAUUUCUUUAUUCACCGGAAUUUUACGACAUUUCCCUAGCAGAUGAUUACGGAGGUUUCAUUGAUCGACAAAAUUCAAGUGCAAAUCAACGUUCAAUGACCACUACCAGCAAUACUACGAUCGGACCAGACGACGAUGACUUAAGCUUAUACGAAGAUGAAGAUGUGGAAGAUUUUGAUAAUGAUGGCACUACGCAUUCCUCCGAUAGUGCGGAGGCAUUACGCGAACGACACUGGACACUAUCCGACGCUCAAGCUGGUGCGUUAUUCGGACCGAAUUCUUCUCGUUUACAUCAAAUUCGUAGUGAAUCCAAUGCUUGGAUUGUGAUUUAUGAAGCUGAAGGAAAAAGUACUCGAAGACCAAUGUCCAUUCGAGGCACGAAAGCCGAAAUUGAACAUGCAACAAAGCUAAUUCUAGAAACGAUUAAACUAAUCAAGACGAACAAAUGUCUCUUCGCUGAUUGA